AUUUUUGGAAAGCGUGCACAAUUACAUAUGAAUAGUGGGCAUGAUAUUCGAUCCUCUAGAAAUGCGUAAGAUAAGUGAUCCCACUAACAACACAAGAUUCCCCUCACUCCCGUCGCAGAAAAACAACAACUGGAAAUGUCUGUGCUGACUGGGGGUUGUUUUCUUUUUGUGUUUCUUCUCGUUGCCAACAAUAUUGAUUGUUCCUCGGCGGAUCCAAAUGUCCAGCAGCAGAAACUGGAUGCAGUAUCGGACUUGCCAGGUCUGGGCUUUAAUGUCAGCUUUGCUCAUUAUUCUGGGUAUGUGACUGUGAACCAGGAGUCUGGCAGAUCUCUCUUUUACUGGUUCUUUGAGUCUGUCGAGGAUCCUUCUUCCAAACCUCUUGUUCUCUGGCUCAAUGGAGGGCCUGGAUGUUCAUCCAUUGCUUUUGGGUUGGCCGAGGAAGUUGGGCCUUUUCAUGUUGAGAAAGAUGGGAAGACUCUAUAUUGGAAUCCUUACUCUUGGAACUUAGUUGCAAAUCUGUUGUUUGUUGAUUCUCCUGUUGGGGUUGGUUAUUCGUAUUCAAAUACUUCGUCUGAUAAUCUUAGUAAUGGUGAUAAAAGGACAGCUGCAGAUUCCCUUGAGUUCUUGCUGAAAUGGUUUGAACGGUUUCCACAAUAUAAAGGAAGAGAGUUUUAUCUCACAGGAGAGAGCUACGCCGGGCAUUAUGUUCCUCAGCUAGGUCAGGCCAUUGUCAAGCACAAUACCAAUGUAAAGGACAAUGUGAUCAACUUAAAAGGUUUCAUGGUGGGAAAUGCUUUGACUGAUGACUAUCAUGACCACUUGGGUCUUUUCCAAUUUAUGUGGGCUUCUGGUAUGAUUUCUGAUCAAACAUUCAAGCAAGCAAACCUUUUGUGUGACUUCCAAUCGUUUGUUCGCCCCUCAGAGGAAUGUGAAAAGAUUCUAGAUAUUGCUAGCGAAGAAUAUGGAAAUAUUGAUGUCUACAGCAUAUUUACCCCAACAUGUACAUCAAAUUUAAAUGUAACGAGCGGGUCAUUAAAAAAGAGUGAUAAGUUUGGUCUCCUAAGAAGAAGCUAUGAUCCUUGCACAGAGAAACACUCAACUAUCUACUUCAAUCUUCCUGAAGUUCAGAAGGCUCUUCAUGUUCAUACUAAAGAUUCCUCAUUUAAAUGGGUUACCUGCAGUGAUGAGGUAUAUGAUUCCUGGAAGGAUUCUCCUAGGACUGUGUUGGACAUCUAUCGUGAACUUUUAAGUUCAGGAAUUCGCAUUUGGGUAUUCAGUGGUGAUACAGAUGCUGUAAUCCCUGUCACAUCAACACGUUAUAGUCUGGAUGCUCUCAAACUUCCCACGGUUGGCUCUUGGCGUGCUUGGUAUGAUAACGGACAGGUUGGGGGAUGGACACAAGAAUAUGAAGGGCUGACAUUCGUCGCUGUAAGAGGAGCAGGCCAUGAAGUUUCUCUACACAGACCCAAACUUGCCCUCACGCUCCUGGAGUCUUUCUUAGCUGGAACCUCAAUGCCUGGUCCACAACAAAUCAGCAACUGGUGAUCAUUUGUUUGCCCACGUUUCUCUUGCUCUUGUUAAAGAAUGAUGUUGCCCUUCAAAUUACUCUGCAAAAUGGUUAACUCUAAAUAUAUUAUCCAUGUGUGAUAAGGUUGCACAUAUGGGUUUGGAUUGUUGCAGACAUUUUUUUUUACCGGUGUGAGACCAAAACCGAGGUUUUGGGGUGCUUGUUGCAGACAUGUGUUACACGCUAUUGAUUGAAAUUAUGAUUUACAACCUACUUUCCUUGCCUCUAUCAAGUGCGAAAAGGAGACGAUGUAUGAUAUGAGAAAUUCCUAAUACAUGGAUAGAGAAAAAAUCAAGAGAAAAUUCUAAUUUUGGUCCUUACGUUUCAA